UGAUAGACAACGGAAUAGGCGGGACCCUUCUGGAAGGUUCUGAGACAGGGUAUAAGAGACAGGGUGGCGGGCGGAAACCGGUCUCAUUGAACGGGGAGGUAGCUUUUGGGGUCUUCUGCGGCGGUCAGCAGUCCAGCAGAGCCGGGCCUAUACGCGAGCAACCAUGUCUAAGGGACCUGCAGUCGGCAUUGAUCUUGGCACCACCUACUCGUGCGUGGGUGUCUUCCAACACGGGAAAGUGGAAAUCAUUGCCAAUGACCAGGGGAACCGAACCACGCCGAGCUAUGUGGCUUUUACUGACACCGAACGAUUGAUCGGUGAUGCCGCAAAGAAUCAGGUUGCCAUGAACCCCACGAACACGGUGUUUGAUGCCAAACGUCUAAUCGGGCGCAGGUUUGAUGAUGCAGUUGUGCAGUCUGACAUGAAGCACUGGCCCUUCAUGGUGGUGAAUGAUGCAGGCAGGCCCAAGGUCCAGGUGGAAUACAAGGGAGAGACCAAAAGUUUCUAUCCCGAAGAGGUGUCCUCUAUGGUUCUGACAAAGAUGAAGGAAAUUGCAGAAGCCUACCUUGGCAAGACUGUUACUAACGCAGUGGUCACAGUGCCAGCUUACUUCAAUGACUCACAGCGGCAGGCAACCAAAGAUGCUGGAACCAUCGCUGGCCUCAAUGUACUUAGAAUUAUCAACGAACCAACUGCUGCGGCAAUUGCUUAUGGCUUAGACAAGAAGGUUGGAGCAGAGAGAAAUGUGCUGAUAUUUGAUUUGGGAGGUGGCACUUUUGAUGUGUCAAUCCUCACUAUUGAAGAUGGAAUCUUUGAGGUCAAAUCUACAGCUGGAGACACCCACUUGGGUGGAGAAGACUUUGACAACCGGAUGGUCAACCACUUCAUUGCUGAGUUUAAGCGCAAGCACAAGAAGGACAUCAGUGAGAACAAGAGAGCUGUCCGCCGGCUCCGCACAGCCUGUGAGCGGGCUAAGCGCACUCUCUCCUCCAGCACCCAGGCCAGUAUUGAGAUUGAUUCUCUCUAUGAGGGAAUCGACUUCUACACCUCCAUUACUCGGGCUCGAUUUGAAGAGUUGAAUGCUGACUUGUUCCGUGGCACCCUGGACCCUGUAGAAAAAGCCCUUCGAGAUGCCAAACUAGACAAGUCACAGAUCCAUGAUAUUGUUCUGGUGGGUGGUUCCACCCGGAUCCCCAAGAUUCAGAAGCUUCUGCAAGACUUCUUCAACGGAAAAGAACUGAAUAAGAGCAUUAACCCCGAUGAAGCUGUUGCUUAUGGUGCAGCUGUCCAGGCCGCCAUUCUAUCUGGAGACAAGUCUGAAAAUGUUCAAGAUUUGCUGCUCUUGGAUGUCACGCCCCUUUCCCUUGGUAUUGAAACGGCUGGUGGAGUUAUGACUGUCCUCAUUAAGCGCAAUACUACCAUUCCUACCAAGCAGACGCAGACCUUCACUACCUAUUCAGACAACCAGCCUGGUGUGCUCAUUCAGGUAUAUGAAGGUGAAAGAGCCAUGACCAAGGAUAACAACCUGCUUGGGAAGUUUGAGCUCACAGGCAUACCCCCUGCACCCCGAGGUGUUCCUCAGAUCGAGGUCACUUUCGACAUUGAUGCCAAUGGUAUCCUCAAUGUUUCUGCUGUAGAUAAGAGUACAGGAAAAGAAAACAAGAUUACCAUCACCAAUGACAAAGGCCGCUUGAGCAAGGAGGACAUUGAGCGCAUGGUCCAGGAAGCUGAGAAGUACAAAGCCGAAGAUGAGAAGCAGAGAGACAAAGUAUCAUCCAAGAACUCACUAGAGUCUUAUGCAUUCAACAUGAAAGCAACAGUUGAAGAUGAGAAACUUCAAGGCAAGAUCAAUGAUGAGGACAAACAGAAGAUUCUGGACAAGUGUAAUGAAAUCAUCAGUUGGCUGGAUAAGAAUCAGACUGCUGAGAAGGAAGAAUUUGAGCACCAGCAAAAAGAACUGGAGAAAGUCUGCAACCCCAUCAUCACCAAGCUGUACCAGAGUGCAGGUGGCAUGCCAGGAGGAAUGCCUGGGGGCUUCCCUGGUGGCGGAGCUCCCCCCUCUGGUGGUGCAUCUUCCGGGCCCACCAUUGAAGAGGUUGAUUAAAUUCAAUCCAAGUAGAGAUGUAGCAUUGUUCCACAAUAAAAUAUUUGAAGGACCCAAAUUUAGCAAGUUCAGUGGCAGUUUUAAGGUUGAACUGCUACAAUAAAUUACUGGGCAUUCUUAAUACUUGAAUAAAGAACAUGUGCACCAGAAAAGGAAAUAACAUUGCACUUUAUGAGUACUGUAAGUGGAAAAUGCAAUGUCUUAAAUAAAAACUAUUUAAAAUUGGCACCAGAA